AUGUGUGUAGCUAGCCAUAGGCUUCAGGCUAAAACGGUUAGUAAGCAUGAAGAUGGCUACUCUGUGGAACUUGUGGAUACAAAGAGCAGUAAGCUAAUCAGUGAUGCUCUCAUUGCAGAGGGAGCAGCCAUUUCUGAUGACGACAGGAAAAACAGAAUGUCAAGCGGCGACUCUAAAUCAGUACAUAAAAUAAAUGUGCCAGACACCUCGCCCAGGGAGAUUACAUCAAAUAGAUAUUCUGCAAAUAGGGAAGCUCCUGCAGUUACAGAUCCAUCUGGUAGCAGCAUUUUGCCUGUCACAAAACAAACUUCGUCAGUUGAACCGAUGAAGGAUUUGUCCAAAGAAUCUUCCGUAGUGAAUAAAAUGACCCUUAAUAAACGUCAGGACGAUGUCUGUGAUAACCGGCAGUGGAAAUCUAUAGAUUUGCCACUAAAUGAAGCAUUACAAGCUUGCGUGAUUAGUGUGAUCAGUCCGGACCUGUUUUUCAUUUUCCCUAAAGAAAUCAAAGCUGAUGAGAUGAGAGUUCAAAGGCUUCAGCGAGUAUUGGUAGACAUUGCUGGCUACUGUAACGCAGAGCGAAAUGGUGGGAGAUUUACACCAUCUGUUGGUGAAAUGUGCUGUUCCCAGUUCACAGCUGAUGGGCAGUUUUACAGAGCACUGGUACUGGACACCUCUGAAUGUGCUGCUAAAGUCAUAUACGUAGACUAUAGAAACAUUGAAACCCUGCCUUUCUCAUCCCUCCAUCCGAUAAGAGAGAGUUCGCUGGUGCUCCCUGUGCAGAUUGUAAAGUGCAGCCUUGCAUGAGUGACACAGGUUUCAGAAAAGUGGUCUGCAGAGUGUAUUGAGCAGUUAAACCCGCUAACUCUGCAGAAAGCGGUUGCCUUAACAGUCUUGGGUGUGAAUGGGGACAUCUACGCCGUGUCCAUGGAACAGCUGCACUCCACGGGGCAUUUAAACAUCGCUGAAAAGUUGGUCAGUGAAGGACUGGGCCAGAGCACAACUCCCCCAUCUAAGGGUGCAUGUAAAGGUCCUGAGUGCUGCUGCCAUGACAGCCUAAAAAGAGUUGAAAAGUUGGAAGAGAUCAUCCAGCAUCUCCUAAAACGGGAAAGCAUCAAGUGACACUGAGACUUGUCAAACCUCCAUCAAUCAAUGCUC